GCCGUUUUUUCUGUUCUAGGACGAGAGAUUUCCCACUCCUGUCUGUGGAUAGAGGAACCCGGCUGGAAGCAUGUGGCAGGUCCUUAGAAGCUGGAGCAAAAGAUGUCUGAGCCCACGUGGAGCCCUGGCUUGGGCUGCGCAGGGCCAGCCACGCCCCCCUUGCAGCUGCGCGGUUGCUAGCGCCGCCUCUGGGGGCAAGGAUGAGUACACCUUCAUCGUGGUGGGCGCAGGCUCUGCUGGCUGCGUGCUGGCCAAUCGGCUCACUGAGGACCCGAAUCAUCGGGUGCUGCUACUGGAGGCGGGGCCCAAGGACUUGUUGAUGGGGAGCAAGCGGCUUCAGUGGAAGAUCCACAUGCCGGCUGCCCUUGUGGCCAACCUGUGCGACGACAAAUACAACUGGUACUAUCACACUGAGGCUCAGCCCGGCCUAGAUGGCCGGGUACUGUACUGGCCACGAGGCCGGGUCUGGGGGGGUUCCUCCUCCCUCAAUGCCAUGGUCUACAUCCGAGGUCAUGCGGAGGACUAUAACCGCUGGCACCGCCAAGGUGCUGAGGGCUGGGACUAUGCACACUGCCUGCCCUACUUCCGCAAGGCACAGAAACAUGAGCUGGGUGCCAAUAUGUACCGUGGUGGGGAUGGCCCACUGCAUGUGUCUCGGGGCAAAACCAACCACCCACUCCACCAGGCCUUCCUGCAGGCAGCACGUCAGGCUGGCUACCCCUUCACUGAAGACAUGAAUGGCUUCCAACAGGAGGGCUUCGGCUGGAUGGACAUGACCGUCCACCAAGGGAAGCGCUGGAGCACAGCCAGUGCCUACUUGCGCCCAGCGCUGAGCCGCCCCAACCUCAGGGCCGAGGUCCAGACACUUGUAAGCAGAGUGCUGUUUGAGGGCACUCGAGCAGUGGGCGUGGAGUACAUCAAGGACGGCCAGAGCCACAAGGCUUACGUCAGCAGGGAGGUGAUCCUGAGCGGGGGCGCCAUCAACUCUCCACAGCUGCUCAUGCUCUCUGGUGUUGGGAAUGCAGAUGACCUCAAGAAACUGGGCAUCCCUGUGGUGUGCCAUCUGCCCGGAGUUGGUCAGAACCUGCAGGACCACCUGGAGAUCUACGUUCAGCAUGCUUGCACACAGCCCAUCACCCUCCACUCUGCCCAGAAGCCUCUGCGGAAGGUCUGCAUCGGCCUGGAGUGGCUCUGGAGGUUCACAGGAGAUGGAGCCACAGCCCAUCUGGAGACCGGAGGGUUCAUCCGCAGUCGGCCUGGGGUCCCCCAUCCGGACAUCCAGUUCCACUUCCUGCCAUCACAAGUGAUUGACCAUGGGCGGAAACCCACCCAGCAGGAGGCCUACCAGGUACAUGUGGGAACCAUGAGGGCCACAAGUGUGGGCUGGCUGAAACUGAGAAGCGCCAACCCUCAGGACCACCCAAUGAUCAAUCCCAACUACCUGUCAACAGAAACCGAUGUCGAGGACUUCCGUCAGUGUGUGAAGCUGACACGGGAAAUUUUUGCACAAGAAGCCUUCGCUCCCUUUCGGGGCAAAGAGCUGCAGCCAGGAAGCCAUGUCCAGUCAGACAAAGAGAUAGAUGCCUUUGUGCGGGCAAAAGCAGACAGUGCAUACCAUCCCUCCUGUACCUGUAAGAUGGGCCAGCCCUCUGACCCCACUGCUGUGGUUGAUCAGCAAACCAGGGUCAUCGGGGUAGAAAACCUCAGAGUCAUUGAUGCCUCCAUCAUGCCCAGUGUGGUCAGUGGCAACCUGAACGCUCCCACGAUCAUGAUUGCAGAGAAAGCAGCUGACAUUAUUAAGGGAUGCCCUGUACUCGGGGACGAGAAUGUUCCUGUCUACAAGCCCCAGACUCUGGACACCCAGCGUUAAGACAAACAAACACUGCCUGAGGACAACAGAGGAACUCCUGUCAAGCCAAGAGAUCCGACCAGUACAGCCCUGCCCCAGAUGGUUCUGAAACUGUGUAGAAACUUGGGACCCAGAUACCUCUACUCUUGGCUCAGACUUCCAUGUUAUCUGAGCAAAUUCGAUCAUGGUAGCUUGUGAGGCAAGUCCCUUUCCCCAGUGUCUCUCUGAGGGCCCUCCACAAAAAAGCUAGCACGCACACUGGGGCCUUCCUGCCCUCCUGGGGUGAGCAGUUAGGGAUGGUAACUCUUGCCACUGGGUUUUUCUUUUCUCCGCCAGCCAUCUCCGGCUCAGAGCUUUGCUUCCAUAAGUGGGAUGCUUCCUUUCCCUGGUCUCCCACCUGAGGUCACCCUGCAAAGGCAGGGUGGUUGAACUGGACUGGGCUCUCCAAGGAAGCUUUAACUGAAGCGAAGAGCCAGGCAGCAGCUCAGCCAGGGCAGGUUACCUGAGCUCAUGUCCCUGACUAGAGGGAAGGGCAGCCAGCUGGAGGGCAUCGUAUCCCCCUCUUCACUCCUCUCCUGCCCCGAUUUAAAUCUGAAGUGUGAGGUGCAUGGAGGAGGGCUCAGGUGACUGCAUAACUCACGCCCACCUCUCUGGUUCUUGUUCUUAUGAAACCGUCCAGAGGAGAGGCUUGCAGGGCGUUGUUCAAGAAAAGGCCAUUUGGACCUUACUGCCAACGAUUUCAUUGUUUAACUCUUACCACAAAAGUGCAGGAACGUAGGGCCAGUCCCACCUGCCAGUUCCUACCUCAUGCCAGGGACAUGAGCCUACAAGGGCAUUUCAUGGUGGCCCAGGAAGUGGACCAGGCACCAGAGCUACUUCUGCAGAGCUACCGUUUCUUAAUCUCUAGACAAGGCAACAGACAGCAUGGCACCGAGGCCGACGGGAAACAGCAGAGGACUUUGGAGUGAAAGAUAAACCAGCCAGUGUUUGGGUCUUGGGUCAGGGGAGCGGAUAGCGGCAGCGUUGACAAGAGCGCCCUGCUCUGGAAGGUUUGAUGUGAUCGGUAACUUACUUUUGAGCCAAGAUGCCUCAUCCUGACUGUCCUUACAAGAGAAUGAAGACCAAAUGCAUUUUUAGACCAGUUUUUCUGAAGAUGUCCAAAGCCACCAUCUGUAGCGGGGAAGAAAAAGAUCAUUGUGUAGAAAUCACAUUGCUGAGGGAAGAGUGGAGGGGAAUAGCAGGAUUUUAGGCUCUCCUUUCCCAGGAUUGACUGGUAUGCACUGCAUCCUGGACAUUUGAGUCCAGAUAGCUGCACCUGAGAAAGACCCUCUGAAGGGUUUAAAAAAAAAAAAAAAGUACAAACCAUCACUUUUACUUUGAAAA